AUGACAUAUUCAUUUGCAAAGAAAUUUGUAGAGAAUAUCCACUUGAUGCCAACUAGCAUUAGUUGGAAAGUUGAAUAUAACUUGAUCAAAGGAGGUUUAAGACAACUUGCCACCAAUGGAGACCCCUGGAUCAAAUUAAUCUUGGUUAUUGAUUUCAAGGUUGCCUUAAAAUCAAUGGCCAAGACUAAUUUGAUCCAAGGGUCCCCAUUGGUGGCAAAUUAUCUUAAACUUCCUUUGAUCAAGUUGCAUUUAACUUUCCAACUCAUGUUAGUGGGCAUGAAGUGGAUAUUCUCUACAAGCAGCCUGCGUCCCCUGCCGCAAGUUGAAGCAUGCUGUUUCGCGGCCGCUGCCAGGACGAAUUGGCCACUACCAUGGGAUUUAGAAAAACCUCAUUUUUCUGUUGGAAAGUUGACUACUUCAGGCAGCCUGCGUCCCCUGCCGCAAGUUGAAGCAUGCUGUUUCGCGGCCGCUGCCAGGACGAAUUGGCCACUACCAUGGGUGACGGUGUAUGAUCAAAUGCCCGAGCCGAGGUGGGUCAUAUCUAUGGGAAGCUGUGCAAACGGUGGUGGCUACUACCACUACUCAUAUUCUGUUGUCCGAGGUUGCGACAGGAUCGUCCCGGUUGACAUAUAUGUUCCUGGUUGCCCACCAACUGCAGAGGCCCUUCUUUAUGGUCUUCUCCAGCUGCAGAAGAAGAUCAACAGGCGCAAGGAUCUCCUCCACUGGUGGACCAAGUGAAGACAGUUACUUUUUUUGGCAACAUGUUUGUGGGAAAUAAAUUAAGCUUAUUAGAGUUCGGCCCUGGCCUCCCCAAUAAUCCUGACCAUUACCUGCAUGAUCCAUUUUUAUGUUCACUGGAUUAUACUGGUGGAUUUUGUUUGUGUGUGGAUUAAAUGAGAAUUAUCAAUAUUUGGGUUCCUCUUGGUUGAUUGUUUCUUGAGCAAUAUACGGGUUUGAGAAGAAAAUUAAAGUCAUA